AUGUUUCAUAGUGCUCUAUUGGAACCUUUUCAGAAUUGUAGAAAUUUGCAAAAAUAUAAAAGAAGACUUGGCAUGGAGAAUGCUAUUGCUAAUAGGAAUGGUAAAAUUUGGGUUUUUAUGGAGGCUACAGUACAAUGGGAAUUCUUAAUGGAUGCAGAACAACAAAUCACCUUGAAGAUCAAUCACCAAGACAUAGAGAAAGAUAUCAUAGUUUCUUUUGUCUAUGCAAAGUGUGAUGAGGGAGAGAGGCAAGCAUUGUGGGAUGACAUGUAUCAAAUUACAAGUUCUAUGAACAUACCAUGGAUGAUUGGAGGAGAUUUUAAUGUUAUAUUAUCAGAUGAGGUGAAACUUGGGGGUGCACCUGUAACUCUGAAUGAAACUGAAGAUUUUGCUUUUUGUGUAAAUUCUUGUGACUUAUUUGACAUGGGGUUUAAAGGGAGUCCAUACACUUGGUGGAAUGGUAGAGCAGCAGAGGACUGCAUUUUCAAAAGGUUGGAUAGAAUCAUGGUAAAUUCCCAUUUUCAGGAAGUAUUUCCCCAAAUAGAAGUGGAACAUUUGACCAGAACAGGGUUUGAUCAUUCCCCUUUAUUAUUAUCUUAUGGAGAAAUUGCUAUCAAUAUGAAGAAACCUUUUAGGUUUUUGAAUUUCUGGAUUCAACAUGAGUCUUUCAAGGAGGUGGUUAAGCAACAUUGGCAGACAAAAUUUGUGGGGACACCUUUCUUGGCAUUUAAACAGAGAUUAAAGAAUCUUAAAAGGGCUUUAUCUAAAUGGAGCAGAGAGACUUAUGGGGAUAUUUUUAAGCAAUUAUCUAUUAGGGAAGAGGUGGUUAAGGUGAAGGAACAAUUGUUUGAAGAAGAUCCUAGCAUUAUCAAUAGAAUUGUUCUUCAAAAGGCACAAGCUGAGCUAAAAAAGUAUCUAAUUAUUGAAGAGAAGUAUUGGAAGGAGAAAGCAGGUGUUACUUGGUUCAUUGAAGGAGAUAGAAACACCAAUUUUUUCCAUAAUCAUGUUAAUGGCAAAAGGAAAAAAUUGCAGUUAAAGAGAAUUCAGAAUGAUAAUGGGGUUUGGCUGGAUUCAGUGGAAUAG